UUGAAAGGCCCGAGCGCCGCGCGCAUGCGCACUGAAGGCUGCGUGCGCGGAUCACCUUCUUCACGCCCCUCCAAACACUGUAAACUCCCACCCCGCUUCUCUCCUUUUCGGGAAGCCCCGGCCCUUGACAUGCCGGAGAUCCGCCUCCGUCAUGUCGUGUCCUGCAGCAGCCAGGACUCGACCCACUGCGCCGAAAACCUUCUCAAAGCUGACACCUACCGAAAAUGGCGGGCAGCCAAGGCCGGCGAGAAGACCAUCUCGGUGGUCUUACAGUUUGAGAAGGAGGAGCAGAUACACAGUGUGGACAUCGGGAACGAUGGCUCAGCCUUUGUGGAGGUGCUGGUGGGCAGCUCGGCUGCAGGGACCGGCGAGCAGGACUACGAGGUCCUGCUGGUCACAUCAUCUUUCAUGUCCCCUUCUGAGAGCCGCAGCGGCUCAAACCCCAACCGUGUCCGCAUGUUUGGGCCUGACAAGUUGGUCCGGGCAGCAGCUGAGAAGCGCUGGGACCGCGUCCGGGUUGUCUGCAGCCAGCCCUACAGCAAGGACGCUCCCUACGGCCUGAGCUUCGUGCGCUUCCACAGCCCCCCAGACAAAGACGAGGCAGAGGCGCCCGCACAGAAGGGAACAGUGACCAAGCUGGGCCAGUUCCGCGUGAAGGAGGAAGAUGAGGGUGCCAGCGCCCUAAAACCUGGGGCACUCUUCUUCAACCGCAUCAACAAGACAUCCCCCACCACGUCCAGGGACCCAGCAGGCCCCAGCUAUGCAGCCGCCACCCUCCAGGCCUCCAGCGCCGCCACCCCCACCUCUCCGGUCUCCAGGGCUGUGGUCAGCGCCUCCAAGCCUCAGGAGUCACCCAAAGGGAAGAGGAAGUUGGAUUUGAACCAGGAGGAUAAGAAGGCCCCCAGCAAACAACCAGCCCAGCUUGCAGGGCCUGCUGCCAAGAGACCCAAACCUCAGGGGGCAGCACCGGGGAAGCCACGGGGAGAAGGCCCCGAGCCCAGGGCAGCCCGAGCCGGCCCCCAGGAGCUGGGGCAGAUCCUUCAAGGGGUGGUGGUGGUGCUGAGCGGCUUCCAGAACCCCUUCCGUUCGGAGCUCCGGGACAAGGCGCUGGAACUGGGGGCCAAGUACCGGCCCGACUGGACCCCGGACAGCACCCACCUCAUCUGUGCCUUUGCCAACACGCCCAAGUACAGCCAGGUACUAGGCCUUGGAGGCCGCAUCGUGCGCAAAGAGUGGGUGCUGGACUGUCAUCGCCUGCGGCGGCGGCUGCCCUCCCGGAGGUACCUCAUGGCAGGACCCAGCUCCAGCAGUGAAGACGAGGACGGCUCUGCCAGCAGCAGCGCGGAUGAAGCCCCCCGGCCUGCCCGGAAGCGUCCCCAAACCAAAGCCAGGCCCCCUCAGGCAGCUGGACCUAGCUCACAGCAGAAGCCCCCAAGCCCCAAAGAAACCAAAGCGACCUCACCAACACCCCAGGAUGAUACUGAUGCUGAGGGGGAGCAGUCAGAAGGAGAGGACAACGGGGCUGAGGAUUCUGGGGACACCGAGGACGAGCUGAGGAGGGUGGUGGAGCAGAGAGACCAACGACAGCUGCCCAGCCAGGGAGAGAACGGUGAGGACCCGUAUGCGGGCUCCACCGAUGAGAACACGGACAACGAAGAGCAGCCAGAGUCACCCGACCUGCCGGUCCCCGAGCUCCCAGAUUUCUUCCAGGGCAAACACUUCUUCCUGUAUGGGGAGUUCCCCGGGGACGAGCGACGGAAGCUCAUCCGCUACGUCACAGCCUUCAACGGGGAGCUCGAGGAUUACAUGAGCGAUCGGGUGCAGUUUGUGAUCACCGCCCAGGAGUGGGACCCCAGCUUCGAGGAGGCCCUGAUGGACAACCCUUCCCUGGCCUUCGUGCGCCCCCGCUGGAUCUACAGCUGCAACGAGAAGCAGAGGCUCCUCCCCCACCAGCUCUAUGGGGUGGUGCCCCAGGCCUGAGCCAUAGGUACACGCACACA